GCAAACGACAAAAAAUAAAAUGGCGGCCUCCACGAGCGAAAGCGCGUGUCCGCAAUCGGAUGAAAAAACAACUUCUCUCGGAGAAUUUGACGUUGACGAAAUAACAAAAAAUGUAUUUGGAAAUGUAAUGAAAUGCGUAAAGUCUGCAAACGGUUUGCCUUCAGGCCAAGAUUAUGAUUACUAUUCGAGCUUUCAAAAAAUGAAAGAUGUUUUAGACUAUGAGGGAAAUAGACUGUUACAAAACGUACAGAAUAUAAUGAAGUUUCAUGGUGCUAAAGGAAAUUUAUUAAACACGCUGGAAAAUCCCAACGUCGAGGAUAAGUUUGAUAUUUUAGUUGAUGCAAACGAUCAAUUGUUGGAAGGCAUUGGAAUACACUUAGAUGAAGCUGCUGGCCUUAAGAAUGAUAAAAGUACAGUUGUAGUAUCAGUAACAUCUUCACCACGCCAUCAUAUUUCUGGAAGUUGGAAUAAGAUUACGGAUAAUUCUUCCCCAACGACUGCAAAAUUGCUAACAGCUAGAAAUAUAACAAGGCCGCAACUUCAAUUCCGGGAAAAGGUCGACAAUGGAAAUAGACCUUUUGUUCCAUUAAUUAAAUUUAAACCGAAUGCAAAAAUUUCUUUAGAAGAUAGUUUAAGAUUACCAAAUGAUGACUGUGAGAAUCAACGUUAUAGGACACCACAUCCGUACAAAUACGAAUUAGACCACUUAGAAUACACGGAUUAUCAAUUAGAGUUCCGGGAGCCUCAGAAACCAUUAAUCUUAAGCGAGACGCCUUAUACGUUCGUCGAGACUGAAGAACAAGUAGUUGAAAUGAUUUCCGCUUUGAGAAGGGAGAAAGAGAUUGCACUGGAUGUAGAAGCACAUUCAUUUAGAACAUUUUUAGGGUUGACUUGCCUAGUACAAAUCUCUACUCGUUCCCAUGAUUAUAUUGUUGACACUCUAAAGUUGCGUUGCGAUCUCCAGGAUCUGAAUAUUGUAUUAAGCGAUCCGAAUAUUGUGAAAGUUUUUCACGGGGCAGAUUAUGAUAUUGAAUGGCUGCAGAGAGAUUUAGGAUUGUAUGUCGUAAAUAUGUUCGAUACCUUCCCAGCGUCUAAGCAGUUAGGACUAGCCCGCUAUAGUUUGGCAUUUCUUCUAAAGCAUUAUUGUCAAGUAGAGGCAAACAAACAGUACCAAUUGGCUGAUUGGCGUAUUCGACCUUUACCUAGUGGAUUGAUCAAGUAUGCAAGAGAAGAUUCGCACUAUUUGUUAUAUAUCUAUGAUAUUAUGAGAAAUGAGCUUUUGAGCAGAGGAAACGAAAACAAAAAUUUACUGUUGUCCGUCUUAGACAAAAGUCGUAACGUUUGCGGUAAAACCUACGAAAAGCCUCUUUUCGAUGAGAAUAGCUACAAAACGCUUUACACAAAAAGCACGAAAACCUUUAACAACAGACAAUUAGCGGCUCUAAAAGGCUUGUAUGGAUGGAGAGAUGGCAUAGCAAGGAUAGAAGAUGAAUCUGUUGGUUAUGUUUUACCAAAUCACAUGCUACUACAAAUAGCCGAAUAUUUACCAAAGGAGGCGCAAGGCAUUUUAGCUUGUUGUAACCCCAUGCCGCCUCUGGUCAGGCAAAAUUUGAUGGAUCUUUACAAGAUUGUAUCAGAUGCGAGAAAAUUGGAGAAAGUCGAUAGGCCAGAGACAAAUGCCCCCGUUAUUAGCGAUCAACCAAAAUACCAGGAAUACGAUAAUGCGACUUGUUGUCCGCAUGAUUUGAGUGAUGAGAGAGAGACGCCUCUAAAAGAUUUGGAAACUCCUUUUACUGUCGAAGAUGCUGUCCGCAAGCUAUCUGGUUGCUUGUCAUCUCUAUCAUCACAGACACCAACAUCCGAUAUAAAAAAGAUUCGUGAAACAUUUGUUAGUCCUUUCUAUAUGUUUUUGCCUAAGCCUGUUGUUACUGUUGUUCGGCCAAAAGAUACAAUCGUAUGGAAGUUGAAAGAGGCAACGAAGCCAACAGAAAAUGAUCAAGAGAUCGCGAAAACUCAAGAGCUACCUAUAAAGGAUCCUGUUUUACCCACUGACGUCAUACCCUUGAGCUACCAGCUAAAAAAGAAACGGAAGAAGAAAAUAACCGACAAAGAGACUACGGAAGAGGAGAAAGAUGCGGAUGGAGACAAGAAAAUUUCUAAGAAGAAAAAGCUGACAUACGCAGAUGUCGAGAAAGCUAAUAUGACACCUGUUGAUUAUGUUAGGAAUGCAAAAUUAAGGCAGUCUCCUGAAAGCCAGUCCACGUCGAAUGAUUUCAAUCCAAAUAAAAGCGUAGACUUCACACCAACUGUUGGCAAGCAGGGUAAAAGAUCACUUCAUAGGUCAAGAGGAAAGAAAAGUAUUACCUACUCUGCGAACAAAAAGAAUAGCUGA